AUUGAUAUUUUGGUAAGACACCCGGAAGUGCGGAAGAAGACGAAGACGAGGACCGAAACCAGAAAGGCUGAAGUUUCGCUGACAAGUUUAGCUUUAUUUCUCUACUUGUUUUGCAGACUGUCCGUAAGGAUUUGAUCGUGUAACUGUUGGACUCGCUGAGAGGCGCCUCAACAUGCCGAACAUGGAAAAACAUCUCUUCAAUUUAAAAUUCGCUGCCAAAGAUCUCCAACGAAAUGCCAAGAAAUGUGACAAAGAUGAAAAAGCAGAGAAGCUCAAAGUUAAGAAAGCCAUCCAGAAGGGGAAUAUGGAAGUGGCGAAGAUCCAUGCAGAGAACGCCAUCAGACAGAAGAACCAGUCUGUGAACUACCUGAGGAUGAGUGCUCGGGUCGAUGCUGUGGCAUCGAGGGUCCAAACUGCAGUUACAAUGAACCAGAUCACAAAAUCUAUGGCUGGAGUGGUGAAAGGCAUGGAUGCCACUCUGAAGACUAUGAAUCUGGAAAAGAUUUCAGGUCUCAUGGAAAAAUUUGAGCGCCAGUUUGAAACUCUGGAUGUUCAAGUAGCCCAAAUGGACGACACCAUGAGCGCCACGACGACGCUCACAACACCACAGAGUCAAGUGGACUCACUGAUGCAUGAAUUGGCCGAUGAAGCAGGAUUGGACCUGAACAUGGAGCUCCCUCAGGGACAGACGGGAUCAGUGGGUUCCAUCGCGGCCUCUUCAGAACAGGAUGAACUGUCUAACAGGCUCGCCAAACUCCGAGAUCAAAUGUGAAGGACGACUGCAGUGGACUGGCACCGUCAUGCAGGAACACUACCUGAAUAUUACUUCCAAACGCUUUUUAUUUACAUCCUCUUUUCAUCUCGUGUGUCUCUGUCGAGGAACUACCGUAUCAUUGUUUCUUUUGUGGUUGUGUGAUAAUAAUAACUUUUGGAUUCUGCAAACUAACAGAGAAGUU